AUGGCAGCGGCCGAGGGCACUCCGGCCCUGGCAGAAAAGCACCUUGAAGAGGACGCGGCAGUGCGGUGCUGUGCGGGGAGUGGAGGAAUCGUGAGCCCCAUGCCGCCCCUGCGCUACUCCCUGCAGGACCUGCCUCCCGAGCUACUAGUGAAGAUCUUCGCCUUGCUCCCCGGCACCGACCUGCCCUGCCUGGCCCAGGCCUGCACCAAAUUCCACCACAUCCUGCACAUCGACAGCAUCUGGAGACGGCGCUGCCGGGAGGAGUAUGGUGUUCGUGAAACCUUGCAGAAUCUGGAGACGAUAGGUAUGUCUUAUCGAGAAGUCUAUGCGAAGCUGUUCCACCCAUACAGAAAUAUUUUGGGAUUGUGGCAGCCAGAUGAUGACUAUAGAAGACUCCUGUAUGUAGCGGUGGAUGGCUUAUGCAUUACUGGUUGGAUGAACAGGCCUUGCCUUAACACCAAUGUGGAUGACCCAAUGCAAUUCAAGCCCUCUUUUAGAAUUCGCCUGACAGAGAGGAAAUCAGCCACUUUGGAGUACAUGGACGACUUCUACAGCUUUUCUCACAGCUGCCACAUGCAGAUUCGGAAGGACAGGUUCAGCAUCCAGUGGAUCAAGAGAGACCACAGAACGGAUUUACAAGCGCGGCUUAGGGGAGAAUGGGGGCGGGUGCUGGUGCGAGAGGACAGACAGCAGUAUGACUGUCUGACCUACCGUCGCCUCUACCUCCCGCCACACCACCCGGACGACCUCAUCAGACCAGGCCUCUUCCACAGCAAAUACGAUGGCUUCUGUAGAAAGAUUGCCAUGCUCAGCUUCCAUGGGAAGUAUGCCAGGGUAAGGGAGAUCAGGGGAGACUUGAUCUGGACGUUAGAGAUCCACCUCAUGCGCCACAUCCAUCUUCGAGAUGGCGAGUUCUUCCGCAACUUCAAUGAGCUCUCCUGCGUGGUCCAGGAGAUUAAGAAGCAGGUGAUCCGGGAGCAGCAGCAGGUGUGUUUCUAUGCCGUGGACACUGUUACCUUAACUGGCUUAGCCUACCGCGGGCGCUUCCCUGGAGUCUUCAUCCUGUUCGAUGAGAACCACUUGGGGUUCAUCUGGCAGGAGCUGAAAUACUUCAUCCUGUUCGGCAGUCAUCCUGUUCAGAGUUCAGAACACCUUCCAGAAUGUGGAGGCACCAUCUGGGCAGGCCUUCCUGGACAUGCUCUCGAACAUUCAGUCCACCAGACUGUGAGGAGCAGUUUGCAUGCACUUUGA